GUUACAAAAAUGGAUCAAAGUGAUGUGAUUCAUAAGUUGAUAUACCUAGUUCUUAUGCCUCUAGUAUGUCUGUGUCUGUGUCUCAUCUCACCUUCCGUCUUCAUCUUCAACUUCAUACGUACUAUCUUACAAUAUUACAUCUCCCCAGAGAACAUGAAUGGAAAAGUAGUUCUCAUCACUGGUGCUACAUCAGGAAUUGGAGAGCAAAUGGCUUACCAAUAUGCAAAGAGAGGAGCUUCACUUGUGAUAGUUGGGAGGAAUGCCCACCACCUUCCAAAGGUUGCAGAGACAGCUCGUGGCCUCGGCUCUCCUGAUGUCCUUGAGGUUUGUGCAGAUGUUUCCAUUGUUGAAGAUUGCAAGCGCUUUGUUGAUGAAGCUAUCAAACACUUUGGUCGAUUGGAUCAUCUGGUCAAUAAUGCGGGUAUUGCCUCUGUGAGCCCAAUUGAAGAUGUCACAGAUUUUACGAAAUUUACACGUGUGAUGGACAUAAACUUUUGGGGAUAUGUUUAUCCAACCCAUUUUGCAAUUCCUCACCUCAAAAAAAACAAGGGAAAAAUUCUUGCCAUUUCGUCUGGUGCUGCAUUGGUGCACCCUCCCACAUUGGGCUUCUAUAGCGUAACUAAAUCGGCUAUAAAAACCUUCUUUGAGACGUUGAGAUCUGAAAUGGCACCUUCAAUCACAGUAACAAUUGCAACUCUUGGAUUUAUAGAUUCAAAAAUGCUCAGAAGAGAACGAGUGUCUAAGGUUGUUUUUCAGUUACUUCCGCUGAUGAGUUCAAGGGCAACUGCAGAAGCCCUUGUCGACGGAGUAUGCCGAGGGGAACGAUAUGUGACCGAACCAAAAUGGUACAACUCCAUUUUUAUGCUCCAAGCUUUAUGCCCUCAACUCGUGGACUGGUAUAGCGGUCGCAUUUUAUUUCCCCAACUCAAGCAUGUCUUGAAUGAACCAUCUAUUCCAACUUCACAAACUAAAACAGACUAGCUUCAGGUUUUAUUAUACUACUGUAUAAUUUAUACACCUAUUUUAUUUCUAAUAUUUCUAUUAAAUUGCUUAAAAGUUGACUCUCCAGUCUCCACGGUCCCACUGCGUGGGAGAUGCUUUGUGUAAUGCUGGUUUUAUGUAUAUCUUCAUUAUGUGUGUACAAUGAUAUCAAUUGAUAUGAAUCUGUAUGGACAUUUUCUAUGCUUCUAAUUCUUGAUUGUAUUGUGAUAUAGGGUAUAAGAGUAUGACAUAAUCAACUACAUUCAUGUAAAUGAGUGACAUGUAAAAAACUCAUUAUUCACUCACAUAAAAGAGUCGAAUGUAUCUGACUUUCGAAUUACUUACCAUUUUUGUUUUUCAUUAAGUAAUGAUAUUAUAUAAACAAUUUUAAAAUAUAAAGUUAAUCAAUGUAAGUAAUUAAGUGCUAAUAACCUAAUGCAAAAAG